AUGGCGGAGCUCCAGGUUUUCAACUGCUCCUGUCUCCCUCCAGAGAAGUCUACACCUGCUGGUCAGAGCCCUCACAUCUUACAGGUGUCAGAAAGACAGGUUCCCAGGGUCCCAAAGACCCGGAACCAGGUCCUUUUGGAUCUGCAUGCCCUGGGUUCUGCCCGCGCAGACCCCCAUCUCUGUGACUUCCUGGAGAACCACUUCCUAGAUGAGGAGGUGAAACUCAUCAAGAAGAUGGGCGACCACCUGACUAACCUCCGCAGGCUGGCCGGCCCCCAGGCUGGACUCGGCGAGUAUCUCUUCGAGAGGCUCACUCUCAAGCACGACUAGGAGCCUCUGGAGACCAGCAGCCUUUGAGGGGGCCCCUCUGACAGCCCCCUGGUGCCAGGGCUUGUGCCUCAGCCUCUCCCUGCAGCCACCAGGCAGCUUUUUAACCACCCUGGAACCCUCUCCCAAGCCGUGGACCAAAUGGAAACAAUUAAGCUUUUUCCCCACAAACAAAACAAA